AUGGACAACUAUAUAUAUUGUUUACACUGUUGGCUCAAAAUCGAGGGAUCGGGUUUAUGCCCAGACUGCCAUUCUGGUAACACGCGUUACUUUUCCUUCACAAAUGAAAUCAACAGCACCACGGUCUUUUUCAUUCAAGACGUCGGUUUUCGGACAUCGCUACCGUCGGAGAUCAAGACGCCACCUUUGUUCACCAUCGUCAGAGAUGCGUCGAACAUCCUGAUCAGGAUCACUGGCUCCAAACUUUUAAAGCUCGUCGCGCGGCAUGUCGAGUGCCACUUGGCUAACAACACCUUCAAGUUGUCGGCCAUUUUGUCUUCUUAUCGAGCAUUAGAAAUGGAAUCGUUGAGAUGUGGAGUUCCACAGUUACAAUUCUUCAAGAAUGAUUUCUUGGAGAAUAAGGAGAAACUGAUUCGCUGCAUUGCAUUAUCCGAUUAUUGGGACCUCACUGCCCUGAAACAAUUCGCAACGAUACGGGAAUCCACUCCGUUGAAGACUUCCUGGCUUUCAUUGCACGUUGACGAUGUUGCCUACUACAACCACGUACGGGAAAUUAUGAAAGACAAGUUCGCAGUUGAGGAAUUCUGGCCCAGAUACGAAAAUUAUUAUCUGGAAUUGGAAAAUAUCUACCAAAUAUUCGGUGUCCCUUAUUCUGCAAUGGACGGACACUGGCCCAAAUACCUAGGAUAUGAUUCGAACAUACAAUUCCCUUGCAAGCUCUAUUGUAUUGAUAAUCUGGAAGAAGCGGAUCCAUGUCCAAUGACUACUAAGGCCGAAUUGCAUCACCGGCUCAAAAGAGUCCAACUUCGGAUGAACGUACGGAACCAGUUCCAAAAGAGAGUAGACGAGAUGACCGCACAUCUAAUGAGUCGCACCGACCAUAGCGCAAGCACCGGUCUGAGACGACAACUACGAAAUCCCUUCCGUCUGUGGUGUCUUGGAUGGGAAGCUGCCGACGACCUUUUGGAGGACAAGCCUGUGCCAUGGGUGAUUCAGAGGAUGAGCCUAGCUCUCCUAGCUGACAGUAUGCGGUCGGUGGGGUUUUCAUCUACACAGUCCCCUGAAGGCAAUCACUUCUGUAGUGACAAAGAGUUUCUUUGCGAUGUCGAUCGAAUGAAACCGCUUGACGACGAUCCGGAUGCCCCACUGUUCAGCUGCUUCUUCGAUACCUUGGAAGAGUUUUACGACCUCAAAGGGGAGGAUUAUCUCGGGCCUCGAUACGAGUCUACACAAAAUAUGGAGCACUUCCGGAAACUACUGCAGUUGCUCAUGUCGGAACUUGACCUGUCAGGAGAGAACGAGACGGAGGCUGAAGUGCCUGUCGGUGAAACUUCCAAAGAUUCGCAUCGCAGUGGUCUACAUUGUUCUAGUGGGGCAGCGAAGAGAGCACCACCUUGGCUUGGGGAAUCAAAGAGUACUGAUGAGAGGUCAAGCAAACCACCAUGGUCUACUGCAGUUGAGGCAACAGUCUGCCCCGAGGUGCUGAUGUUAGCAGGGCUUGCGGUCCUUGGUGUAAUUUUAGCUUUCUUGCUUGUUGCCCUACAGGUAGAAGAAAUAGCACUAGACGCAUUGGCUAGCUGGCGAACUCUGUACGGAAACGAGAACUUGACAUACGCAGCAACGCUUGCUCGCAAUUGUUUCGUAAUUGGGGCUUUGUUGGGUCUUGAGCCAUCCUCUGUCGCAGAUCUUGGACUCGACCACGACGUUGGGCCUGGACCGUCACAUGUUGUUGCAAAGGGAGACCUGGAUGAUGCUGGACAGCAGCAAUCGUCAGUCUCGUCAAACAGCUCGGUCUCUAGCGAGGAAACACAGGCAACCGUGGGCGAGGAUGCUACUGUUGGAGAGACCCCUCCGCAACUGUCGGUUUGCGACUCCCCAAUCUUUCCCAGCUCAGAAGCGAGCAGUGCGUCAACACCUGCUUAUUUGGGGUCAAAGGCGAAGCGACGUCCGGCGUGCAAGUAUUGUCUCCACACAUUUUCGAGCAUCAGCAAUCGCAACACGCACGAGAGGAAUGUACACAUCAAAGCAUGUGAGUAUCGCUGCCGGUACUGCCAUAAAACGUCCACCAAUCGUAAGAAUCUUGAAAACCACGAGAAGCACUACUGCAAGUCGGCGCGAAAGGCUAGGGCGUCGCCAGCUAUGCCUUCCCAUACCCUGAAAGAUGGAUUGGCAUGA